AUGAGGCGAUUUCUUGAAGGAGGCGAUUUUAGUGGCGAUUUGAAGAUUUUGUUCACGAUUCUUCGCAACGGAUGUCUUAAAACCAUUUCACAAAAAGGUCCCAUUUUGGAAAUAGGGACAAGUAGUGGUGGGCCGAAUGUGGAGAAUGUCAAUUACCUGGAAGAUGAUGAUGUGGGUGGACCGAAUAUGGAGGAUGGUGAUCACAUGAAUGAUAAUCACGCAGAAGAUGAUGAGGACUACACAUCGAUAAGUGAUCAAAGCGAUGAAAACCAAUCAAUAUCCGAAGGAAGUCGGGAGAGUGAUGAAGAGGUCGAAGACAGAUUCGCCACAAAGAACAAAUUCGCUGAUGUAGCCUUACGGGAAAAUCCUGGCCUCGGUAGUAGUCUAGAGGAUAAACUCUUGCAAAUCUUCAACAAGAGUUUCAGUGCCCGGACUUUGGGCCCACAUGAUAUGAGCACUCAGAACGAUACUAAGGUUCUUCAGAAAAGACCACCGAAGUCAAGUCAACCUGUUUUGCUCACGCAGAAAACAACAUCGAAGCCUACUGGAGGAGGAAGGAGGAAGCGACAGGGAAUUUCAGAUCGAACAAUCAUAGUUCAUCCCAAUCCAACUCCGAUGCAAGAAGAUGAUGAAGGCAAUGAAAGUGAUGAGGAUUACUACAUUGGGGGCGAAGGAGGAGAAGAAGAAGAAGAAAAAGACGAAGAAAGAGUUCCCUCCACCUCGUGUUUCUUCCCAAAAGAAAAAGAAAACGGUCGAGGUUCGCAAGAGUGA